GGUACACGACGGUGCGCGCGUGUGUGUGUGUGCGUGUGUGCAUGUCAGUGCCUUUGCCUGUGCUGGCCCAAGCGCGGUUAAAAAAUCCGUUGAGCUUUCUCCUGUGUACCGAGCGGGGGCCGCAAGUGUGGAGAGCGUUCGCCCUCUCUCCUUCUCCUGAGCGAGGGCGUUCCAGGCUAUAUAAAACACGCCCCCGCCAACGAGCUUCAACGUUUGAGCAAGCUAGACUGCGUGUCGCUCUGCGUGAUCGAAGAAGCUUGAAAAUAUGUCGUCUCGCAUCUGCGCCUGGGCCCCUGCCUGUUCCUGAAGCUCCAGACCGCCAGGUCCACGCUACCUCAACGUUCCUGGGUGAGCCGUCCUUAACAGAGGGUUCUGCUGUAACGGAUCCCGGGGCUACAAAAGACGAGCCGCGUCUCUCGCUGCACUCGUUGUCAUGGCCGCCACGAGAAUUGACCCCAAUAUUGUCACCAUCUGUCAAAUUAUCAGCGAUGCAGCUGCGGAGGAAGAGUUCGUACGAUCGCUUCGGCUUGCUCCGGCUUCAAGCGCUGUCCGCCCACCGCGCCCCAACUCCAGACCAGGUCGAGUGGCGUCGUCAGAGUACUGGGGCACCUGCAAGGACCUGGCGUUCAACCCGGACCAACCAACCUGCGAAGGCGAAGUCGUCACAUUGUAUAGGAAGACUCAGAAUGGACGCCGGGCUGCCUUCCGGUGCAACAGGUGCCGAAAGCAGCUGUCGCAGUUACACGGUACCGCUGCACUGCACGGGCAGAGAGGUGAGGGAAGUUACUUCGCCAACACGGACCGCCUCGGCCGCCCGAACGUCCACGUCUCCAGGCGGCAAGUGAUUUGGCUCACGUACUGCGUGAGCAAAAACAUAGGCACGUGGCUCAUGAAGGAGAUGACCGGCGACUUGCUUCAUCUGUCGGACCAUGUCAUCGCCGACUGGAGGAACUACGCUCGUGAGGUCGUGCGGGACGAGCUGCUGGCGCGACCCCCACUCGGUGGCCCCGGGAGGAUUGUGCAAAUUGAUGAAUGCCUCCUUCGCGGCAAGCGAAAAUACAAUCGAGGCCGCCUGAUGACGGGCGACAACGUUCCGCCGAGCCGCCAAAAUUACGGUGGCAUUGCAGAUCGUGGACCGUGGGUAUUCGGCAUGAUCUGCGUGACCACCGGGGAGCUCCGACUAUUCAAGGUCGACCGACGAGACGCGGCGACGCUAGGCCCCAUUAUUGCAGCCAACGUGGAACCGGGAACCACCAUCCACAGUGAUGAAUGGGCCGCAUACAACUGCAUCCCGAACUUAGUGGGGGCUAACGGAGCAAGACUGAAUUUGCAAUGGGAGGCUGUUAACCACAGCAUGAACUUUGUAGACCCAAUCACGGGCGCUCACACCCAAAAAAUCGAAAGCUACUGGCAGAAGGUGAAGCGCCACCUCGUCUCUUCCGGCUACAGGGUGACUCCACAGCUCCUCGAGUCGCACCUGAUAUGGCUAUGGUGGGCAUCGAUUAAUGGGCACAUGCGCUGCAAGGACUCGUUUCUGCGUCUAUUAGAAGCGAUCGCACGGCGCUACCCAGUGUGACAAAGUAACGGAAAAUAAAGCGCACUUUUUCUGACCCUUUGCUUUUGUAUGAAUGUUUCCCGGCAUUGCUGCGCGCCUCCAUACACGGUAGGCCCGCGGCGCUGCACUUCCGCAGUAAGCGACGCUCACUUCGCCUUUUGAAAGCCAAGUGCAAAAAGCAGGCGAUCGUGCAAAAGCCUAGUGCAGAAACCAGGCUCACAUCAAUCUGCGCUCAAAAAAGCGAUCGCAUAACAGCCUAGUGCAGAAACCAGGCGCACACCAAUCUGCGCUCGGAAAAGCGCGCGCAAGCACGUAGCGAGCCGCGCCAAUCCAAUCCAGAAGCCAAAGAAGAGGGGGGAAGUAAUGUGUGACACUAAGUUCAGAACUACCUGUUCUGCCCACGCUCCCGUGAAAAGUCUGGUACUGGAGCUUCGAAUCGUAGUGUAUGGAAGGCUGUUGAAGGUUGUGCUUUUGUGGAGCUGGAGUUCAUCGGAAGUUCUACAGUGCUUGCGCCAGAAAGACGUCGGUGCCUCGGUACCUUUGAGACGAAGGAGCGUUGGCCAAGUCUUUUUGAAAGGCUAUGCGGAUUCUGGAGGCAUCCCUACAUCGAGCAGGAACCUGCUGCACUGCUGGAAGCUGGACAGCAUGACAAUAAAGCACGUGAUCUGUGUGCUUUCUCAAACGUAGACAUCGGCGACGGUGUAUAUGUUGAAAAGGGCCUGCUGAAGAGGCUGCGCCUGGAUGCUAACAACUCGGGCUUUCAGUUUGCGGGGGGCCUCCUUAAGGCUCCUUUUACAAAAGAAGAGGUUGAAGGGAGGCGCUACACAUGGAUGCGCAGCGAUUGUUUGUGACAGCGUCACUGCUGGCAGGCCUGGCCUGCCUUUUCGCUUUGUUCUGGGUCUUCCACGUUAUCUACUCGAAAAAGGCCCACAGGAUUUUGACAUUUAUUGAGCACUGCUUUCUGGAUUUUUGCUACACAAAGCCGCAGGUGAAAGCAUUGGAUUUAGUCAAUUUUUACAAGAACUAUUGCUAGGCAAAAAAAUUUUCAGAUGCAUAUCCUCAAGAAAGUUUCUGUCAAAAUUAUUUUGCCUAACAAAAGCACUCGUGGGUUCUGUGGCUGACAGGUUGCCCAAGCCAUGUAGCACAGUGCUUGCUUUAAAGGGACACGAAAAAGAAAAUUUAUUUGAGCUUUAUUAAAUCAUUCUUCUACAACACCGAAAAAACAACUCCCACCAUGAGAAUUGGCUUGAUAAGCCAGAUAACUUGCAAAAACGAAAACUGGUGUCGCCACCACCACCUUAUAGUUCCUGCACCAGCUCGCUGUGAUAUGGAAUUUGACGGUGUCUGUUCGGGUCUAGCUAAUGUUCUACUGGCCAAUAUUGAUGAAUUCUGUUGUAAAGGUGUCAAAGAAUAUACUUAGUUGAAGUAUGACUCCACACUGAUGUGCGGGCACUGCAUAAAACUUGAAAAAUGAAAGUUAAAUCUUCAUUUUCUCAUCUAAUAAUCCGCUUAUUGCCACAAUGUUCAUGAAUACAGUUCUGAAAGAUUGUUUUAUCAGUCUAAAAUGAUUUACUGUUUCACUUUAGUAUUUCUGUAAUGGACCUUCAGCAACAAAAUGUGUGUUAGUAUUCCACAGGUAUUCUCAGCGGGGGCAAAAGCACCAGCAGCAUGCUCAAUGAUUCUGUACCAACUGAUAACUUGAAGGAUGUCCUGUGCCACUAGGGUUAGGCCAACGUGGCUCUGUGUUAAUCACAAGUGUAUUAUGCAAAACUUAAUGGCCCAGAAAUUGGUAAUUCAGGAGGGAGUUGAAUUAGCAAUUUUUUUUUCUUUAUCAUGGACUUCUCACAUUACACUUUGUCACAACGCAUUCACUUUAAAGUAACUGGAGAAUAAGGUGGUUUGGUAUUCAGACAUGCCUUCUGUGUGUAAACAGUGUUAGAUGAGCAAUACAAAGAUACACCAUAGAUGCUGACUGGCAACAUGAAGGGGUUUGAGGGCAGCUACAAAUAUACAUCCUUGUAGUCGUACCUAUAGCACCAUGUUCAAUUUGUCACACAAGCAUAUGGCAUCCAUCACAACUGCAUGCCUAGAAACGGACAAGGGCAACACACUCAAUUCCCUUUUAGUCUAUCUAAGAAGCACUACAAUUUUUAGGCAACGAAAUUGAAAUCUGGCUUGUACCCAUAAGUACUGCAAUACAGUUGUGCAACGUGUUCCUCUUGUGUGGAAAACGGGCUGCAUAUGUUUUCUUUGAGCACAAGGGGGAGUGGUAUCAGUUAGAGCCCCUCCAUCCACGUGCCACUGCCGCUUUCUUAAGUAGCGACAACCUUUGUUGUGCGCCGCCUUUUCCCCUCACACCAAAUCCGGUUCCAGCAUUUCCAGUUUAAAAGUUUCCGGUUCCGGCGUUACCGCUUCCUGAAGUUGUGCUGCGGGAAUUUCCGCUUUGACUGCCGAUGGUGAGACGCCCACGCGUGCUUAGCAGAGCUGUGGGAGUCACCAUGAGAAGAAUGCAAAGGCGACAAGCUGUUGUAUUCCGCUGAAGUAGUAAUUCGUGGUCGCUGUUUUCUAAAUGCACGAAAAACGGCAGUGGUCUCCAAGCGCCCAGGCACUACAUUCCACUGUACGUUGUCUCUCGUGGCACAACCCGUCGCAGGUUGACGCGAAACAGCGAACACGAUCAGAUCGCUGAUUGCAAUAGGCGGUGGUACUUGGAUGGAAUCGCAUUCACAGUUUAAACCGCAGCUGGUGCAAUUAAAGCCUCUCCAUCGACGCGAAAGUAAACAACGUUAAGAAAAACAUAGCGUUACUUCCACUCGGAACAGGAAGCUGCAGCUACGGAAAUUCCGCUUGACACCGGAAGCUAAGGGGGUGAGUGGCAGAGGAGCGUGGAGGAAGAGGGUAGGUUGGCGGUACUUAACCUGGUCAGCGGAAACGUGUAUGGAGGGGCUUUAGUAUCAGUUAAUGGCUGUUUUCACAUAUAUGUUUUGUCGUGUGUAUUAGCAAUCACCAUUUUCCUUAUCUGAGUGAGGUCAUUUUUUAGAAAGUUUGAAAGUUUAUAGAACAUGUUGCUCAUGGUUGUUGCAGUUUUCUUCCUAACUAUCCAUUCAUUGCACUGUGCACCCAUGUCUUGGGCAACUAGCUGUUUGAAGGUCAGUAUGCUAUCGAUGGGUCUAAUGGUAAUCUCUAGUGCCCUCUCAUUUGCUUGUUGCAAUACUGAAGAGUUUUGUAUAUUGUGUCACUUGUUUAUUUUCACUGUACUUUAGUUUCACUACAUCUUGAAUGUGUUGUGAUAGUUUUUCUUUUGCAAUGAAAGAUAUGGUGGACAGUUGCCAACACUAAUGUGAUAGUAUGAAUGCUUGCUGUAUUUAUCACAAUUGUUUCAUUUCGCUGGGGCACUAAUGGUCAUUAGCAGCAGAUGCUAGCUGCCCUUAAGUGCAAUGUUUUUAUGUUGCAUAGUAUUGUUCAUGAUCCAUUGAAUGCACUGCACGCGCAUGUUGUGGACAACUGCCUGUUUGAAGAAAUUGUCUGCAUAUUCAGUGGGUCUAAUGUGAACAUCUCUACUACUGACUUAGCUUCACUACAUCUUGAAUGUGUUGUGAUAGUUUUUAUUUUGCCGUGACAGAUGUGGUGGGCAGUUGCCGGCACUAAUGUGAUAGUACGAAUGCUUGCUGUAUUUACCACAUGGUUGUUUCAUUUCGUCUGAGGCACUAGUGGCCGUUAGCAGCAGAUGUCAUUUGGCCUUAUGUGCAAUAUUUUUAUGUUGCAUAGUUUUGUCCAUAAUCAUCCAUUGAAUGCACUGCAGACCCAUGUUCUGGACAACUGCCUGUUUGAAGGAAUGAUCUGCAUAUUCAGUGUGUCUAAUGUCAACAUCUCUAGUACUGCCUGUGUAUUUGUGAGUUAGAUUUUGUAUUGUGUGUCAUUUUGUUUUCACUGUGCUUUAGUUUCACUACAUCGUGAAUGCGUUGAUAGUUGUUUUUUUUUUGCAGUGAGAGAUAUGGUGGGCAGUGGCCGGCACUAAUGUGAUAGUACGAAUGCUUGCUGUAUUUACCACAUGGUUGUUUCAUUUUGUCUGGCGCAGUAAUGGCCAUUAGCAGCAGAUGCCAUUUGGCCUUAAGUGCAAUAUUUUUAUGUUGCAUAGUUAUGUUCAUACUAAUCCAUUGAAUGCACUGCACACCCAUGUUCUGGACAACUGCCUGUUUGAAGGAAUGACCUGCAUAUUCAGUGAGUUUUAUGUGAACGUCUCUAGUACUGACUGUAUAUUUAUCAGUUAGAUUUUAUAUUGUAUGUUGCUUGUUUUCACUGUACUUUAGUUUCACUACAUCGUGAAUGCGUUGAUAGUUGUUUUUUUUUGCAGUGAGAGAUAUGGUGGGCAGUGGCCGGCACUAAUGUGAUAGUACGAAUGCUUGCUGUAUUUACCACAUGGUUGUUUCAUUUUGUCUGGCGCAGUAAUGGCCAUUAGCAGCAGAUGCCAUUUGGCCUUAAGUGCAAUAUUUUUAUGUUGCAUAGUUAUGUUCAUACUAAUCCAUUGAAUGCACUGCACACCCAUGUUCUGGACAACUGCCUGUUUGAAGGAAUGACCUGCAUAUUCAGUGAGUUUUAUGUGAACGUCUCUAGUACUGACUGUAUAUUUAUCAGUUAGAUUUUAUAUUGUAUGUUGCUUGUUUUCACUGUACUUUAGUGGGAUUGCACAUUGAAUGUGUUGUGAUGUA